GACGGUUGACCCAGGCCCUCCUCCACACCCCCUUCCUUCCGCGCCCCCUCCCUCUUUCGCGCACGGGGGCUCGGCUCACUAUAAAAGGCGGGAGCACGGAGUGCCCCGGCAACGACGAGUUUCAGCACCAUGGAGAGCCCCCGCCUGCGGCUGCUGCCCCUCCUGGGCGCCGCCCUGCUGCUGCUGCUACCUCUGCUGGGCACCCGCGCCCAGGAGGACGCCGAGCUGCAGCCGCGAGCCCUGGACAUCUACUCCGCCGUGGAGGACGCCUCCCACGAGAAGGAGCUGAUCGAAGCGCUGCAGGAAGUCUUGAAGAAGCUCAAGAGUAAACGUAUCCCGAUCUAUGAGAAGAAGUAUGGCCAAGUGCCCAUGUGCGACGCGGGGGAGCAGUGCGCGGUUCGCAAGGGCGCCAGGAUCGGGAAGCUGUGCGACUGUCCCCGAGGAACCUCCUGCAAUUCCUUCCUUCUCAAGUGCUUAUGAAGGGACCCCCGUCCUUCUCCAUGCACCCCCAAUCCUCCCGCUUCCUCCUCCCCAGCCUACGGGGACCACACGUUCACCCCGGAAUCUGGCUUUAGCAACCAAGUCUGCCUUUCCCUCUGAGGGGAAGGGGCUCUUUUCCUGCUGUUUCAAAAAUAAAAGAACACAUUAGGCGUGACUGUGUGAAGGAUAAUGCCUUGUAUGGUGUUGACACACGUGCAAAGUAUUCCCUUUUUAAAAAUUUUAUUUGUCUGACAAACCCUUGUGUACCUUUGUGUAAAGAAGGAGAACUUUGGUUUGAAAAUUGUAUUUUUGUAUGUGGCAUGGCAGAAUGAAAAUUAGAUCUGGUGAAUCUUGGUAGAUGACAUCACACCUGAAAACUAAAUCACCCUACGUGACACACAUCGAAGCAUGUACAAAAUAUACAUAAUAAAGUGUUUUUAAUAAUUGC